UUAAGGCAACAGGUGUGUCCAAGUUGCAAGAAGUAGAGCAUAGAUCUGCAUCUCUCAAAAAAGUCUAAGUAACGACAACACUUCGUCUCCAUCUAUGUACCCUGUCUUUUUCAAAACGCUGGAUCAACAUCAGAAAUCUGAACACUUGACAAACGCUUCCCAUAUGAGCAUUCGGUACAGCACCAUGGCCAACGACAAUCAGGAAUUAUCCAAGCUGCUGGCACCCAAAGCAAUAUUCUUCAUUACCAUAUUCACAAACCUGUGUACAGCAACAUGGCCGACCUCCAGCAUUUCCCCCGGGCGGGGUCACUACCCCCCAGUGUUCUGCAAGAUGUCGCAUGUCCUUCUCGAUGCCAAAGACAAAGUGUUUAAGUACAAGCAAGAUCCUUCUUCCCUGAACACUUACGACAGUUCUUGUGGAGCAGCGGCAGGAAUAUGGUCCGUUCGCCCCGAUGAUCAGUCGGACUCAAUGACCUGUGAUAAGACAUACGACGAAGGGUAUGUGUUUACGAUGUACUUCUACUUUGGCAGUAACUACUUCCAUCUCCAUUACGACAUGAUGAUUCCCUUGUUUUCUGAGCUGCGUAAUAAGGACAAGGGGAAGAAGAUUGUGCUCAUGCCCUCAGUCGAGUCAGUUCGUUUACAAGCUAUGUACUGGGAGACACAGGCAUUCCAGGAUGAAUCCAAGUACUGGUACCAAAUGCUGAAGGUGUUGGCCUCCUCCCACACACUCCUACCACUGGAUGACAGGAUACACAGUAACCAUGGCAACAUAUGCUUCAAGUCCAUCAACUUUGGGACACCCUUGUAUUCCAGCCGGGACAUAGGACUCAUUCUGCCCUAUAUCCAGUUCAUCAAGGAGGAGCUUGGUGUGAGACAUGAGCAAGUCACAAAGGAUAAAGUCGGUAUUAUCAAGAGAACCAACCGUCGCAGAAUCCUGAAUGAAGGAGAACUGGUAAAGGCUAUAUCCAACAUUGCCAGUGUGGAGCUUGUCGACUUCUCUGGACUCACCUUUAAGCAACAGGUUGAGAAGGUACAGGAGUACUCUGUGUUUGUGGGCAUGAAUGGGGCCGGGCUCAUGAAUGGUCUGUUUCUCUCGCCGGGCGCCGUCACGGUCCAGCUGGUGCCAUUCAGGGCUGAUGUCAACUUCAAGGAAUUUGGUGUCCUUCUCAGGAACCGUGGUCCUUACCUUGAGUGGCACAAUGAACAUGCAGAGCUAUCUCAAGAACUCCCAAAUGAUCCCUAUCACGGACAAUCAGACACUACAGUUAAAGUAGCAGAGUUUAUUGAACUCAUCAAGAAAGCUUUGCAACUUGUUAACAGUGAUGAGUACAGCGAUAAAACUGAGCUGUGAUUAUAUAUUUUAUGCCCAAAAGAAUAUUUGGUAGUAUUUAGUCUUAAUCUCAUUACUGUGUUUAUAUAUUUUUAUGAUGAUUUAGCAUAAUAUACUUUGCCAAAGGGACCAUAUUUAUGAAGUGUGUAGAAAGUGUUUUAAUAUAUUGUAAUGAGAAUUUCUCUCUCGAUGUGUAGCUCUCACUGAAAAUAUUUUUUAGAAAGUAUUGCCUUUUUAAACUUGAAAAUUGCCUUAUUCUAAAUCAUAUCUUAGGCAUAUCCAUUAGAAGGUUUUGUAUGAGUGAUGCAUCUGACAAUCAACUUAGAUGAUUCAAUUUGAUUCAUGUUUCAGUUUUGAUAAUUGUUUACCAAAACUAAGAUUGAAUUGUACAAGUUAUAACAGUGAAAUUAACAUAAUGACGUGAUGGUAGCAGUUUUUAAAAAUGAAGUUCUCACCUCUCAAGUUGAAGUUUUAACGAGUAUUUGCUGACUGAGACACUUUGUUAUGUACAUGUAUAAUUUUGUUAAAUUAUUUAAUUUCAAUUACAAAUUUUACCUUUCACGGUUUUGUGUGGUAAAAAAAACACUUGUGAAACCAUUCCUAAAAGUUAUUUACAUUAAGGAUCUGUACAGAACUGUAUCAAACAUCUUUGUUUCAAAGACAAACUUUUAAUAACAACAAACAAACUAAGACUUAGUUCGAGAGUUUGUUGUCUUAGUCAAGUUGUAUCAGUGCUGAAAAAUAAUGUCAAAUGGAAAAACUGGCUCUUUUGGUCUGUGAUAAAAUCUCAUUUAUUGACGCCUAGAGAAUUUUCUGAGGCAGAAUAUUUUGAUACUUAUAUUUUUUUAAGUAGAUCUUACAUGAUGAUCCAUUACUCCUGUAGGUGACGUAUAUUUUAAGCUGACUAGAACUAUUAUUUCAUGUUACCUAAUGGUAAGUCAUGUCGGUCAUACAUAAGUUGCAUUCUUCUUUAACUGUGCAUCUCUGGAAACUCCCUCUGAAGUAGAUGAUGCUUUUAACCUGAAACUUUCCAAGGGUGAUGCUAGCAAAGGUGUCUCUUUAUGUGCCUGCAGAUUUGUUUGUGAUAAAUUUUACAGAUGACAAUGUGAUAUAUGUCAUUUAGCAUGUAAUAAUUAUUAACAUAUGUAUGUUCUUUGACCCUUUUAUCCAGAUUUAAAGGAUUUGUAUUCUCCCAUUGGCUCGGCUUUUGCUUUUCUGGCCAGAUUGUAAACAUCACUGCCAUUUGAAAAUGUCAUUUCAUUUCAUUACAUUUCUACUUGUAUCAUCUCAAGUAUUGUUUUUGAAACUGUUUACUUUUAUUUGUAUAUUCUCUCCCCUCUGUUGUUUUCAGCUUUAUAUCUAAUGGUCCCAAUAUAAACGAAAUUAUAAGGUGAGACAGUUUUAUGACUUAUUUGUUUCAAGCAUAAUCAAACACAUAUGAGCAGUUAUAUUAAGUGUUUGACCAUAGAAGUCAAAUGUGUGAUGUUAAUGUUAUAAUGCCCACUCACAUCAUAGUCCUUCAUAUUCAUCAGUACAUUAGAAAAUACUGGCAAAAUCAGUGAAGUAUUGACCACAUUAAUCAUUCCUGGCAACUUGUGUCAGCUGUAACACCUUGUACCUGGAUGUACCUUGCUAACUGUUUGGGGGAAUGAAGGGACAUUUUUUCAAGGACUGCAAUGUGGAUUGCACCAUUCCAUCCCUUUGCCGUGCCAGGAUCCGUUGACAAGGUUUGAAUGCCUCCAGUCCUUAGUCGGGCAGCACCAAUGUCAUAACUUUCCUAUCAGCGAAUUUCUGUUGGUCAUUUUUAUUCUUAUCAGGGUUACAGAGUCAAAAACAAUUUGUGUGUACUUAAAAUAUAUUUGAGUGUUAUUUUUGUUAGUGUCUAUAUAUUUUUUACAGUAUGAACGUCAGGGGUGAGAAAUGUUAUGGAUGUCAACUUCUGUAUGAGGAAUACAACAUUGUAGAAUGUAUUCUAACUCAAUCUCCUGAUGAAAGAGUAAGCAUAUAUUUCAGUACAUUGUUCCUCAUAAAUAACCUUAUAAUCUGAAACAAUUCUCCCCGUAUUUCAGGCAUGGCAACAGGAAAAUCUAUUUUCAGCUGAAAACUUAAUAUUGUGUCAACGAAUGCUGGGUUCAGAAUGGUCAAUUUGAAAUAGAAUUGGCGGAAAUCAGCGGAUCAGCAGAAAAUUGCCAUCCCUGUUAUUUAUAUCACAUUGUGUCAUUGGUCUGUUGAACACAAAUACUAUUUUAAUGUAUAUUUUUUAAAACAGAAACAUGUUGUUACUUGGUGCUAAUUUCAUGGCCCAUACAGCUGCAUGCAGAUAGCUGUAGAUUUACUGCUUGGAAGAGAUAUGCAAAUAUUGUGUGGAGUAAAUGAUUUCUCUAGAAUGUUGCAUGGUAGAUGAAGUCUAUUUUUAUGAAGAAUAAAUGGUUCCAUCACAUGA